AUGUCUGGUCACGGUGGUGACUCGUCGGACUCGGCCACGCCGGGAGCCAGACCAGUCGCUCUCCGCGCUCGGUCAUCGUCUUCAGCCAACCAAGACGCUUCAUUCGGUCUGGCGCGAUCGCCCGUGAUCCCAAACAUUCCGCCCAGAGGAGAGGCGAGCAAUGUUCAAUCUCCUCGUCUCGGUGCGACGGAGCUGGCCAACCCGAUUGAAUCCGAGUCAGGCGUGACGGUCAGAGGAGGCAGGGCUAGCUCGAGCGUGCAUGGAUCCAGACCCAACAGCACUGCAGUGUCGGAAAAUGAGACAACACCGGUCAACCUUGCCGACUUGGAUAGCUUGCCCAUCAGCGAUGAGCAAAAAGCAAAGAUUAUCGAUCGCCAGUGAGUAGAGCGUGUAGAUGGCCUGGCAUGACUCGCUUGAUUGACCUCGUCUUGGGCACGCUUUGUGCUUCUCCUGCCGCGUAGCCUCGUCCGGCCCGAUGCCUCUGGUUUCCCGCGUAUCGAUACAGGUACUACCGAUGCCUCGGCUGCUUCAGGCGCAUCGGCGUCAGAUGCAGCCGGCCCAUCCCAACAGGUACGAUUCCCUGGUCACUCGUCGGGAGACGACACGGACACGGAAGAGUACUUGGGCCCGGCGACGAUGCAAGGAGGCGCAAUCACGGACGACGUGUACAGGUGGGCGCACAAGAAUCGUAGACAGAGCGCGAAGAGGACGAGGAGCGAGAGUCUGCACCUGCCUCGCACUUCCACCAUCGAUCCUGAUUUGGACGCUUCGGCGAUCCGAGAGCCCGGCGGUUUCCGGUGAGCUUCAAUCGAACGGACUCGCUCCGUUGUAGUUGCUCGCAUCGAUCCCUGACGCAAUCCUUUCUUUAGCCGCUUCUUCGUGCUGACACAAGCCGGCGAGCAGGGUCGUCCGCCGCCGCGCGCUCUUAGGUCAUUCAUCGAUUUCCUGGCGCUCUAUGGUCACUACGGAGGAGAAGACUUGGAGGACAUCGAUGAGGAGGACGACGACGGCGAUGGACUCGACGAUGAACAGCUACGAGCAGAGGAGGCCAGGGAGCUUGGUCGGCCAAGUGGAAGCCAUGGAGAGCCGACUGAGCGCACCGCUCUGCUAACGAGAAGAGCGUCUCGACGUGCUCUGCAAAGAUCAAACAGCCGCAUUCGCCGGGGUUCCGAGGGUGGACGUCCGCGAGGGGAAGCUACAGAGACGGAAGCGGUGCUUAUGCUGCUCAAGUCCUUCGUCGGCACAGGAAUCCUCUUCCUCGGGAAGGCCUUCAUGAAUGGCGGCCUCUUAUUUUCGACCAUCGUCCUGUGUGCAGUGGCCAUGAUCUCGCUGGUCUCCUUCCUGCUUCUCGUCAAGGCCAACCUGAAGUACCCCGCUUCUUUCGGAGAUAUGGGAGGCAUCCUCUAUGGCCCAAAGAUGAGGUUGGCCAUCCUAACGUCAAUCGUUUUUUCGCAAUUUGGCUUCGUCGCAGCAUACACCGUCUUUGUGGCGCAGAACUUGCAAGCCUUCGUCUUGGCAGUCACCCACUGCCGCACACUUGUGCCGACAGUCUGGCUGAUCUUGGCGCAAGCUUUGAUCUUUUUGCCUCUCAGUCUUGUGCGACGCAUUGCCAAGCUGAGCUCAACAGCCCUGGUCGCAGACGUCUUUAUCCUCUUCGGCAUCAUCUAUCUCUUCAAGUACGAGAUCACCGAGCUCGUCGAAAAGGGCGUUGCGGAUGUCGUCCAGUUCAACUCUUCGACCUUUUCUCUCUUCAUCGGCACCGCAGUGUUUACCUUUGAAGGGGUCGGUCUCGUAAUUCCCAUUACGGAGAGCAUGAAGGAGCCAGAGAAAUUCCCUCGCGCAUUGUCUGGUGUCAUGGCUGGUACUAUGGUGCUCUUUACCGCCUCUGGUGCUCUUUCCUACAUGGCGUUUGGCAGCAAGGUUCAGACUGUCGUCAUUACUAACUUGCCGCAGAACAGCAAGUUCGUGCAAGCGAUGCAGUUCUUGUACUCGGUCGCCAUUCUCCUCUCGACGCCCCUCCAGCUGUUUCCCGCCGUCUCGAUUUUGGAGCGAGGCAUCUUCACGGCCAAAAGUGGCAAGUACAAGUAAGUGAUGGUGUCUGUAAAAUGAUACCACGUUGGGGCUGACGAGUUGCACCGCAUGUCAAAAAGCUGGAAGAUUAAAUUCUGGAAGAACGUCUUUAGAUGCAGUACCGUCGUCCUCUGUAGCUUCGCAGCUUGGGCAGGCUCCGCGUCACUUGACGUCUUUGUCUCGUUUAUCGGCAGCGUUGCCUGUGUGCCAUUGUGUUUCAUUUGUGAGUGUCAAAAGUCGCGCGCGGAAUCAAACAUCUUGCUGAUUCUUGCGGGAUUUUUCUUCGGCCAGAUCCACCGCUGCUUCACCUUCGAGCUUGCGCCACGUCUAGGAAGGACAAGAUGCUCGACUACGCCAUUCUCGCUUUUGGUAUAGCCUGCACGCUCUUUGCUGGGUCACAGACCGUCUACACCCUCAUCAACCCAAGCUCGCCUCCUGAUCAACCAGUUUGUACCCCUCCAUAA